AUUUGAUUCAGGCGACGCAUACAUCCACUUCUUUCAUACCCUCAGUCCGCUUCACUAGCCUGCCAUGGCUGGUUUCAUGAGAGGAGGCGCCGGAGCCGGAGCAGGUCGAGCCGCAUACACCUCCUCGACGCCUGGCGCAUAUGGCAGCUCUUCUGGCGCAGCAGCCCCACCCAGUAGGGAUGUCUAUCGCUCAGCUGGCACCGCGGGCGGAGCUGGCUACGGCGGUGGAGGAGCCGGCUUUGGAGCACCUCCUCCCGGGAGGGCCGCUUAUGGCUCCCCAUCUACCGGCUCGUCUAGGUCGCGACCACAGCCGCCGCCGAGGCCAGAUCAGGAUGAGAAGGCUCAUCACUCUGCUGCGACCCCGCAGAGCUACCUUGUAGUAAAGUGUCCGGAGCCGCUCAUUCUCAGCAACUGUGUCGCAGUGAAUGGUCAAGAGUGGCGUGGCACGCAGUACAUCUUGAUCGAUGGCAAAUACGUAUUCACAGCUGCUGUUGAUCCUACAGGACAGAUCCAGCCUGGCAGUAUUGGUACAGCAGCGGCACAACGGCAAUGGGCUGGUUUGAGCGCCACGGGCCAUCAUUAUGUCCAAGCUGAGGUUUACGACCCCUUGGCAAUGGGGCCAGGCAUCUACCUUGGGGGCCUUGACCUGGAAGUCUCGUUCAUCAAUGCCGCAAUGGAGGCAUCAGAACAAUUCGAUUCUGAAGAGAUGGCCCGCACCUUCCUCAGAGCCUUCGAGUCUCACAUGUUCACAAGAGGUCAACUGCUGGUCUUCGAAUUCCAUGGCUACAACAUCCGGGCUCUCGUCACUGGCGUAAACGUCAUCGAAGCAGGGCAGGUUGACUCGCAGAGCUCGACCAAUGGCGAAGCUGCCUAUGGAGGCCUCGACAAGGGUAUUCUGAUCACUCAGACCGAAGUCAACAUUGCCAAAGCUCGAGACUCCAAGAUCCGUCUGAAGGCCAGUGGGAAGAAAGCCCCUCCGAAUGCCAUCCUCCAGCCCAACUUCAAGUUCGAAGACAUGGGCAUCGGAGGUCUCGACGCCGAGUUCUCCGCCAUCUUCCGUCGUGCAUUCGUCUCGAGGAUCUACCCUCUAGGAUUAGUCCAAAAGAUGGGGAUUCAGCACGUGAAGGGUAUCCUGCUGUACGGUCCUCCUGGAACCGGAAAGACGCUAAUGGCCCGACAGAUUGGAAAGAUGCUCAAUGCCCGAGAGCCGAAGAUUGUCAAUGGUCCUGAGAUCCUCAACAAAUUCGUCGGAGCAAGUGAAGAGAAUGUUCGUAAACUCUUUGCCGAUGCAGAAAAGGAGUACAAGGAAAAGGGCGAUGAGAGCGGUCUGCACAUCAUCAUCUUCGACGAACUCGACGCCAUCUGCAAGCAGCGUGGCUCAACUGGAGGUGGUACAGGAGUAGGAGAUUCAGUCGUCAAUCAGCUGCUUUCGAAGCUGGACGGUGUAGAUCAGCUGAACAAUAUUCUUUUGAUCGGUAUGACGAACCGUUUGGAUAUGAUCGACGAGGCUCUACUUCGACCGGGUCGACUGGAAGUGCACAUGGAGAUCAAUCUGCCAGACGAAAAAGGUCGUCGUCAGAUUCUCGCCAUCCAGACGGCCGCAUCAAGGAAAUCUGGCAUGCUCGACCCUGACGUCGAUCUGGACGAGCUGGCCUCACUCACGAAGAACUUCUCUGGAGCAGAGAUUGCCGGUCUGGUCAAGAGCGCUUCCUCUUGGGCCAUGCAGCGUUCCGUCAAGGGAGGAACGGAUGCUACCCUUUCUGACAAUGUCAACGAGACAAAGGUGACCCGCGCCGACUACUUCCUCGCCCUGGACGAGGUGACUCCAGCCUUUGGUGUGAGCGAAGGAGAGCUGCAGCAGGUAGUGCAGAAUGGCAUCAUGCACUUUGCACCUCACAUCGAUGUCAUCCUGCGUGACGGUCAGUUGCGCGUGGAGCAAGUGCGUACUUCCAAGCGCACCCCGCUCGUCACCGCUUUGCUACAUGGUCCUCCCGGCAGCGGUAAGACGGCUCUUGCGGCGACGAUUGCCCUCUCCUCCGGGUUCCCCUUUAUCAAGCUCGUCUCCCCCGAGAACAUGGUGGGCAUGGGCGAGGCACAAAAGAUUGCCUAUGUCAACAAGGUCUUCAACGAUUCGUACAAGUCUCCCCUGAGUAUCAUCGUCAUCGACGCCAUCGAGAAGCUAGUAGAGUGGGUGCCCAUCGGUCCACGCUUCUCGAAUCCAGUGCUGCAGGCGCUGAGUGUUCUGCUGGGCAAGCGCCCACCCAAGGACAGGAGGCUCCUCAUUCUCGCCACCUCUUCUAACGCACCCAUGUUGCAGGACAUGGACCUCUCCCAGGCUUUCCUCGCCAACAUUCGCGUACCCGCCAUCACCUCGCUCCGCUCCGUCGACCACGUUCUGCGGGAAACGGCCCUCUUUGCAGGGGAGAAUGAACACCAGCGCUGCCUGCAGCUCCUGCACAGUGCUGGGCUGGGCGAGAAUGAAAUCGAUGGAGAAGGCGGGGCUGGUGCAGCACCUCGACUCAACAUUGGCAUCAAGAAGCUCUUGAGCGAGAUUGAAAUGGCUAGGCUGGACGAUGAUCCGGCUGAUAAGCUCACCGCCGCGCUCAACUUCAUGUGAGGUGUGCAACAGAGCUCUGAGAUGCGCAAAGGACCAGCUAAGGAAGUGAGAAGAAGGUUUGGCUACCUCUGACAGGGAUCGAAUGGAAGGGCGGUCAAAGUAGUUGCAGCCGAAUGCCUAAUUACAGAGCCUUGUCAAUGUAGACGUCUCUUUCUAAAAUUAAUGCCAUUUGCCAUUAGACCCAAGGUCCCUUCCGUGUCCGGGCACCUCCAAAGGGCCUCUACACGAUACUUUCCAGCUCCCUCGCAAAAGACAGAUUCGAAGCGAUCAUGGCUCGCUUGGGAAUGGGAUCACCCUCAUCUGCCAAUGGUCCCCCCGAUGCGCUCAACUUGCCGCCUGCUCCUCCUGCUGGCACGUACGUCCCGGCUGCUGCUGCUGAUGCUUUCUUGCCAAAGUGGACCGUCU